AUGUUGCAGACUGUCUCAGAAUGUUGCAGAGUGUCUCAGAAUGUUGCAGAGUGUCUCAGAAUGUUGCAGAGUGUCUCAGAAUGUUGCAGAGUGUCUCAGAAUGUUGCAGAGUGUCUCAGAAUGUUGCAGAGUGUCUCAGAAUGUUGCAGAGUGUCUCAGAAUGUUGCAGAGUGUCUCAGAAUGUUGCAGAGUGUCUCAGAAUGUUGCAGAGUGUUUAAGAAUGUUUGCAGAGUGUUUAAGAAUGUUGCAGAGUGUUUAAGAAUGUUGCAGAGUGUUGAAGAAUGUUGCAGACUGUCUCAGAAUGUUGCAGAGUGUCUCAGAAUGUUGCAGAGUGUCUCAGAAUGUUGCAGAGUGUCUCAGAAUGUUGCAGUGUUUAAGAAUGUUGCAGAGUGUCUCAGAAUGUUGCAGAGUAUUUAA